AAGUCUUAGACAACACGAUCUUAAACAAUUUAAUAUCAGAAUUUUCUAUUAUUGAGAAUAAGAAUUUUUUUACGUGAUAGGUUUUAUUUAGUUAAAACUUUUGUAUACAAAUUAUUACCUUUAUAAGUACGAAAAAGUAUUAAAAUGUAUACUAAGUACAUUAUUUUAUUUUGUUUUACAUAUUAUUAUAUUCCAACAGUAAUUUCGUUUGAUGAAUCACUGGAUUAUGAGAAUCGGUUUAACCAAAUAAGAUACGCAACUGAUGAUUACAUUACCUUCAAUUCACUGAGUAAGACAUAUGAUAAUUAUGAGGUAGAUGAACUCCAGUACGUGAUAGACACUUACGCAGUCGACUUCUAUGGCGAGAACGAUUAUUAUCAAAGAAGAAUGUAUUUGGAAAAAUUUAUAUUGGCUGCGAAGGAUGGCCUCAUACAUAGAUUUCACACAUGGGAGAUGAUAAAUUUGUUUCUACAAAUCAUCGGAAAAGAUGCAGAGAGAGGCUAUAUUACCCACAAUGAUUUGGCGAGUCAUUAUGAAAAUAAAAUGUCUACAGCUCAAAUCGAAACUGUUAUGACUACCUACGGAACACCGCACUCUGAUGGACUCCGAUUAAGUUUUUUCGGCUUUAGAAGAGCAAUUAACACUUUACUUAUUCCACAUUGAUAGUACCUAUGGCAAAUACGUUCAGGCAUUCGCCAACAAGAUAUAAUUAUAAGAAGAACGCUAAAAUGAUAUUCAUAAUUAAUAAAUUAUAAUUCAAAUAAUUAUUAACUCAGUUUAAUUCAGUCGUCAUAAUACUAUAGAAAUUAUAAUGCUAUCUAAUACUAAAACCUAAUAAUAAAAUUAAAAUGUUAUGAAAUAAUA